AUGGCAACCGGCAAGGAUGUCUUCGCAGUCCUGGAAGACGUCGCCACCGACACGGUAGAUGCCGCCAACAGAGCCUCCGCCAUCCUCAAGGGGAGGGGCACGUACGAGCAGUCUAUGCAGGAGUGCGCCCGAGGCUUCCACGCCAUGCACACAUCGAACCCACGGUACAAGAUGGCUGAUAUGGACUUGGCCGAGGAGCAUCCUCUGGCUCCGUACGAACAUCUCAUGGCGGAGAUCUUUGGCGGUCAUGAAAAGGUGAAGGCAUGA